AACGAGUUUGCUAAAACACGAGCGGACGUAACUGUGCUUCUUUUCCUGUCCUUUCUCCCUUUACGCUUCGAAAAUGACCAUCGUGUAUGCGCUUGUAUCAGUGGGAAAGACCGUGCUCGCUGAAUAUACGGCGACCUCAGGCAACUUCCCUACAGUGACACGAGUUUUGCUAUCCAAGAUACCGUCUCAGGAUGGUCGGAUGAGCUACGCCUACGACGAAUUUCUCUUUCACUACGUGGUAGAAAACAGUAUUUGCUACCUGUGCAUGUCAGACGAACCGAAUAAACACCGCAUCCCCUACGCAUGUUUACAAGACAUCAAACAGAGAUUUGUGGCACAAUAUGGACUCGAAGAACCGCUCACAGCCAACGCUUUCGCGUACAAUGAAGACUUCUCGAAAACGCUCGAAGUGCGCAUGAACUUUUACAACUCCACCGAUGCGGAAUCCUCUGUCGAUAAUAUCGGCAUGGUCAAAUCCCAAAUUGACGAAGUCAAAAGUAACAUGGUCGAAAAUAUUGAAAAGAUUCUCGAACGGGGUGAGAAAAUUGAGCUUCUAGUGGACAAGACGGAUCGAUUGAACCAACAGGCCUUUCGAUUUGAAUCAUCGUCCCGCAAUCUGCGACGCACGAUGUACUGGCGUAAAAUGCGCUGUUAUGCUGGUGCGGGUGUUGCCGUUGUAUUUCUGAUUUUCAUCGCCACAGCCAGCUUGUGCGGGGGACUCUCCUUCCACUCUUGUCGGCGUCAAGGAAGUUGAAAUCUGAUUUUUCUCGGGCGCAUCAAAAGUUUGCCCUCACUUGUACGAAGUAUAAUAUCGUAUUAGCAUGCAUUACUUUUUUGGAUCAU